AUGAAGUCCACCUUAGCUCAGGCUGCUGCGUUUCUUUCUUCUCUUGCUUCGGCUGCCAUCAUUCCCUCCUCCUCACCCACUUCCAACUCUUCUGCAAAGGACAUCACGACUGUUGCUGGUACAACAGGAUCGGACUAUGUCUCUAUCAAUUUCAGUGCUCCCUGUCAAGGGUGCUUCACCGGCACCGAUGAUGGCGUGGAACUUUCCCUCGAGAUCGACUCCGCCGAUGAGGAAUGCACAAGCAAUCCUCCUCGCCUCAAUGGAUUGCCCUUGACCACGAACAAUGGUAACGGCAACCAGGUCACCAAAGGCCAACUCAUCUUCAAAUCAAAACCUUCCAAUGGUGUGGGCGAAAAGGAAGUUCAUGCCUUUUGGGAAUCGAUAUGCUUGAAGGGAGAGGCGUCGAUACUCUCCGUCCGGUUCGACGACUUAAAUGGAGAUAUCGGUGUCACCGGCGCGUCUGGUUUCACCACCUCCUUCAAACAAAAGGGCCAGCCUACAGUCUUACGUCUUCAGGACAGACCUGUCGAGAACUUGAGCGACGAUUCCCAUAUAUGUGAUAUGUGGCUAAACCCCGACGAGUCUUCAAAACUAUCCAUUACUGCUGCUCCACAAAGCGUAGCCGUGAUUGACAAUACAUUAGAAUUGCAGUACGCGAAGCUGGACGACCUGAAGGCGCAAUUAGCCGACCUACACGAAGAAUUACUGAUGACUGAAUCGACAAUCAUGUCUUUAGUCAAAGAAGAAUUCAGAUCUUGCACAAGCCUCAAGUGCAUCUGGGACACUGCGAAGAGUAAAGCUCCUGGUAUCUGCAAGCUGAUCACCGCACACUUUUCACACCAUCCAAGUCGUGUGUCUGGGUGUACAGAGGGGGAUGCUCAGUCUCCGUGCCGAACACAAGCUCAAGACCUCUCUCCCAUGCAGAAAAAACCACCGCAAACAGCAGAGGUUCCUGAAAAUGUAGAGACAAAGCCCGAAAUUUCAAGCAGCUCUGCGGCUUCAUCUCCAACACCUUCUCCUCCGAUCGACGAAUCUGAAGACUUGGAAAGCCUCGACUCAAAAGGACUAUCAGAGUCUUCCCCCAACGACGAUGGAGAUACGCCGUGGGUUCAGUCAACCGGGACGUCCGGUAUCGCAACUUUCCAAAUCGAUACCAGUCGCAUACAGGCCUCGCUCAGACGUCAUCUAACACUAGCAGUGGUGUCUCUGAUCCUUCUAGCUCUUAUCGGAGGUCUAACAUUUCGUGUUGUACGAUUCCUCCGAGACCCAAGGCGUCGAGCUGAGCUAGCUGCACGUCGGGAGGAACGCUAUACAAAAAGACUUUACCGCAAGGCCGCAUGUCAGCACGCAUGGCGUAAAUGGUGGAGGCAAUUUAAACUACAAGCGACUGGUGACUACGAAGAGAAAAGAGAGAUGAUCUUGGAACAGGAGGGCAUCUCGCAAGACACCUUGCAACGACAAAUCCUCACUCUCAGCGAUGCCACCGACCUGGUCAGAAAUCUGAUCGCCGCGGAAGAAGGACGUGUCCAAGCUGAGCAUCGAGCCCUCCCAGCCAGAUACCAAUCAAAUCCCCAAUCACCAUACACCUCGCCCCUAUAUGAUGCUGUCAUUGGCAGUAGUCAGAUGUCUGAAACUCUUCCCCCUUAUCCCCCACCACCCCCCGGGUAUGAAGAGCAACUCGAAGGCGAAGUGACCGUCGUGCACGGAUUCAGCUCUUCAGCGAGCACAACGGAUGAUGCAACUGAGAGCAGUAUCGUUGACUGCAGCCCGCGGCUCAGUUUUGAGACUGGAAGGUCGACGAUCCUGACUAGAGAUGCACGGGACUGA